AUGGCACCAUUAAAACAUUUUGAUAUGUUAAAAGUAUUUAAAUCUGUAUAUGAUGAGGGACCAUGGGCUUCACGUGAAUACACAGUUUUAUUAGAUUUUAUGUUUAGAAAAAAUUUAAAUUGUAGAUAUCUAAGAAGAACAAAAAAAUUACAUCGUUCACAUGAAAAUAUUGCUUCAACAUGGAGAGAAAUGAAAAGAGAAAUAAAAAUAUAUUACGGUGCACAAUUUUAA